AUGGAUACCAUCCACGGUUCCAUGAGCCAUCGUUUUAUGCUUCUUGGUCUUUUCGCAUUGACUCAAUUCGAUACUGCUCGCGCAGGAGUUUCACUCGAUCCCGUCAAAAACUUUUGCAGGAGGAUUGGACACAGCUCUGUCUAUAAGAAUGGCACACUCUAUAUCAAUGGCGGUCUCGAGACUUUUGUGGAUUUUGGUGCAAAUGGACAACAAGACUGGAGUACAAUUACUUCAGGCAUUAACGAAAACCUGAUCUCUGUCGAUAUGACCGCCUCUUGGGAUUGGAAAACGAACGUGUCCAUCUCCCAGAAUCCUAGAGAGGAAAGUGGUAGCGUUCCGGGCAUGAAAUGGCCUGUCAAUCUUCAUGAUGGCUCCCUCUUUGGAGGAUUGGAAUCCUCUACUACUCUAUAUAUGUUUGGGGGGACGACCUCGAGCUUUAACCAGUCUUUCCCUAACUUCGAGGUUCCGCCUACAACUCAAUACGGCCUAUGGACCUAUGACAUGGAUGCCCAGGUCUGGGCCGCUGUCGACACUUCCGGAUCCUUGGAAACAACACCGUCAUGGGGAGCGAACGCCGAGGCUCCAGACCAAGGACUUGCUUUCUACGUUGGUGGCCAGAUUGAUAGUGGAACGGCAAAUACCACCCAAUUUUUGGGUAACGAUACCGUUGGAGUCGGUGGAAUGGUGAUUCUCGACACGACGAGUAACAGUGUCACUAACGUCACAGUCGACGAUGCUGUUAAGAGCAACCGACAAGGUGCCGGGAUGGUGUAUGUUGACAACUUUGGCGACGCUGGAGUGCUCGUGCUCAUUGGUGGAGAAACUCAAGCAGACGGCCUGCUUCCCAUGGACGAGAUUUGGGUUUUCGAUAUCAACUCCACGGACCUGAGUGAUCAUCCUUCUUCUGGUAAAAAUAUGUGGUAUAAGCAGACCGCGACCGGCGAUGUUCCCGCAUCUGGACGCGUGGAUUUCUGUUUGGUUGCAGCACCUGCCCAGGACAACAGCAGCUCAAACAUUUAUCUCUACGGUGGUACUUCCAAUGGUACAAUCUUCGACGACGUCUACGUUCUCAGUCUCCCCUCCUUUACCUGGGUCAAGGUAUAUACGGGGCAGGACGCUCGGUGGAGUGUGACUUGCCAUUUUAUUCCACCCAGGCAGAUGAUCACAGUUGGUGGAGGCGGGAGUAACAACAUCACUUCCGACUGCGAUUGGGAAGACAAGAGCUUAGCCGUGCUUGAUCUGAGUACUAUCGGAUGGGGUAGCGUCUUCGAUGCUGCGGCACCACAUUAUGAUGUGCCUGAUGACGUUGUCCAAGCUAUUGGCGGAGGGCCAGCAGGGAAUGCCACUAAGAACCAGCCGACCGGAGGAUGGGCCGAGUCGGGGCUCAGCGAGCUCUUCACCAUCAAAAAGGCAGCGACAACUACUCCCGCACCCAAAAACAGCACAACCGUGACUCCUCCGCCCACUGCCACUCCCACCGAUGCCCAAGGUAAGAAAAGCAGCGGCUUGUCUGGUGGUGCAAUCGCAGGCAUUGCGAUAGCAGCGGUAGCUGGUGUGGCAGUGGUCUGCGGCGCAAUCUUCUUCUGGCUUCGUUCUCGUCGACAACACAGACAAAAUGCGGGUAUGGAGAUACCCGAGAAAGAUUCUCUCCCGUCGUACAGCACUGUCGCUGCACAAAAUACACCAGAGCUUGGUGGCACGCCUCAGGCUGCUGAAAUGCCAGCGAAACUUGACCCUGAAGUGUCGAAUACCGCAGUUCAGGAGCCUGUGGAAAAGGAUGCAGGGACAGUGCAAGGUCCACACCCAUCGAUGAGACAAAAUGGACCGGCGGAAAUGGAGUGA